CUCUCAGACAUGUCGGAUGUCAGAAUGUCUGUCAUUUUGACUGUAGAGCAAAUGAAUGAAGAGGGAGCUGAAGCUAGAGGGUUGGAAGAGCAUUUGGUCAUAGUGGAGCAGUUCAAAGACAGGCUGGAAAAGUUUGGGGAGACUCAAAGAGAUGGAAUAAACAUCACUAAACAGGAAGUGCAACGAUUUGAUGCUAAAAAAGACAAAUGGGGUUCACUCUGUGAGACUGAGGCUGACAUGAGGAAUUCCCUUGUCGAAGAACCAGUCAUACAGGAGAUUUGCAUCGAGAGGAGGACUUCAAGUAGAUCUGCCACAGAGGCCAGGGACAUGACAGACAUGGUCUCACACCUCAGUAUGGACAUAGAAGAAUACUUUGAACAAAGCCCUGUAAUGAUGAGUGGUUCUCAAGAAGAUCUUGUCCAAGAUAGAUUUGAACAGGUUGUUGUAAAGCGUGAUGGCAAACGGCGUCCCCCAGAUAUCAAGAAACCUAUUAGGAAGAAACUUAGAGACAGAGAACGUUCUAGAUGUAGCAGCUCUGAGGGAGAGCUGGAAAGGAUGAGCUCUGAGGAGUCUUUAGAUGGUGAUGUUGUUCUUAAGGAGAGUGGCCUUGUACCCACCACAGUUAUCGAUCCCCCAGCUUCUCCUUUAGUGGUUGAAACACCUAUAGGAUCUAUAAAAGACAGAGUUAAAGCUUUACAGAACAAAGUUGAAGAGGAUGAGGUGCAAAAAAAUAAUCAAGUUCUAAUACAUGAGGCAAAAUCUUCUAUCACCACAAAGAUGACGGACAAAGACAUGCCAGAACUUCCCAAAGUUCCCAAGUCCCCUGAAUCUCCCAGAUCUCAGACAGAAAGAUUAGAGGAGACUAUGUCUGUUAAGGAGCUCAUGAAAGCAUUCCAGACUGGGCAGGACCCAUCAAAAAGUAAAUUUGGGCUGUUUGAACACAAAGCCAUGGAUUCUUCUAGUAUUUCAACAUUUCAACAUCCUACGCAGGAGCCAAAAUCACAAAUCCAAACUCAGAGCCUCACAAUUGUCCAUCAACAGAGUGAUUUCAAAGAAUGUGACAAAACAGACUUUGAGGAUGAAGCAGCAAGUUUAAUGAAAGAUAACUCUGAGGAGUCACAGUUAAUUUCAGAUGGUGCUUACUUUAAGAAGACAGUUGAAUUUGUUGAUACAGUUCAACGCGAUGAUGGAAAGGUUAGCCCACGGAGAGAGACACCUGAGAAGGAGACUUUGUCUGUGAAGAAGCUGAUGAAGACAUUCCAGACUGGGCAAGAUUCUUCAGAAAAUAAAGCAGAGAUUCUUGAACCGAUAUCAGUGGCUUCUGCUUGUAUUUCAACAUUGAUAUCUGAAUCAGCAGACUCUGAGGAGAUACAGAAACCUGAGCAAAAUCUUCCACAGGAACCAGAAUCACAAAUCCAAACUCAGAGCCUCACAAUUUUCCAUCAACAGAGUGAUGUCAAGGAAUGUGACAGAACAAACUUUGAAGAUAAACCAGCAGGUUUAAUCAAAGUUAACUCUGAAGAAUCACAGUUAAUUUCAGAUGGUGCUUACUUUAAAAAGACAGUAAAAUUUGUUGAUACGUUUCAACACGAUAAUGGAAAGGUUAGCCCACAGAGAGAGACACCUGAGAAGGAGACUAUGUCUGUGAAGGAGCUGAUGAAGACAUUCCAGACUGGGCAAGAUUCUUCAGAAACUAAAGCAGAGAUUCUUGAACCGAAAUCAUUGGCUGAUUCUUCUAUUUCAACAUCGAUAUCUGAAUCAGCAGAUGCUGAGGAGAUACAGAAACCUGAGCAAAGUCAUCCACAGGAACCAGAAUCACAAAUCCAAACUCAGAGCCUCACAAUUUUCCAUCAGCAAAGUGAUGUCAAGGAAUGUGACACAACAGACUUUGAGGAUAAACCAGCAGGUUUAAUCAAAGAUGACUCUGAGGAAUCACAGUUAAUUUCAGAUGGUGCUUACUUUAAAAAGACAGUAAAAUUUGUUGAUACGUUUCAACGCGAUGAUGGAAAGGUUAGCCCACAGAGAGAGACACCUGAGAAGGAGACUAUGUCUGUGAAGGAGCUGAUGAAGACAUUCCAGACUGGGCAAGAUUCUUCAGAAACUAAAGCAGAGAUUCUUGAACCGAAAUCAGUGGCUGAUUCUUCUAUUUCAACAUCGAUAUCUGAAUCAGCAGAUGCUGAGGAGAUACAGAAACCUGAGCAAAGUCAUCCACAGGAACCAGAAUCACAAAUCCAAACUCAGAGCCUCACAAUUUUCCAUCAACAGAGUGAUGUCAAGGAAUGUGACAGAACAAACUUUGAGGAUAAACCAGCAGGUUUAAUCAAAGAUAACUCUGAAGAAUCACAGUUAAUUUCAGAUGGUGCUUACUUUAAAAAGACAGUAAAAUUUGUUGAUAUGUUUCAACGCGAUGAUGGAAAGGUUAGCCCACAGAGAGAGACACCUGAGAAGGAGACUAUGUCUGUGAAGGAGCUGAUGAAGACAUUCCAGACUGGGCAAGAUUCUUCAGAAAAUAAAGCAGAGAUUCUUGAACCGAAAUCAGCGGCUGAUUCUUCUAUUUCAACAUUGAUGUCUGAAUCAGCAGACUCUGAGGAGAUACAGAAACCUGAGCAAAGCCAUCCACAGGGACCAGAAUCACAAAUCCAAACUCAGAGCCUCACAAUUUUCCAUCAGCAAAGUGAUGUCAAGGAAUGUGACAAAACAGACUCAGAGGAUCAAUCAGAAGGUUUCAUCAAAGAUAACUCUGAAGAAUCACAGUUAAUUUCAGAUGGUGCUUACUUUAAGAAGACAGUUAAAUUUGUUGAUACGGUUCAAUGCGAUGAUGGAAGGAUUAGCCCACAGAGAGAGACACCUGAGAAGGAGACUAUGUCUGUGAAGAAGCUGAUGAAGACAUUCCAGACUGUGCAAGAUUCUUCAGAAACUAAAGCAGAGAUACUUGAACCGAAAUCAUUGGCUGAUUCUUCUAUUUCAACUUUGAUAUCUGAAUCAGCAGACUCUGAGGAGAUACAGAAACCUGAGCAAAGUCAUCCACAGGAACCAGAAUCACAAAUCCAAACUCAGAGCCUCACAAUUUUCCAUCAGCAGAGUGAUGUCAAGGAAUGUGACAAAACAGACUCAGAGGAUCAAUCAGGAGGUUUCAUCAAAGAUAACUCUGAGGAGUCACAUUUAAUUUCAGAUGGUGCUUACUUUAAGAAGACAGUAAAAUUGGAUGGAAAGGUUAGCCCACAGAAAGAGACACCUGAGAAGGAGAUUAUGUCUGUGAAGGAGCUGAUGAAGACAUUCCAGACUGGGCAAGAUCCUUCAAACACUAAAGCGGUGCUUUUUGGACCGAAAGCAGCUUCAACACUGAUAUUUGAAUCAAAAGAUUCUGAAGAGAGACAGAUACCUGAGUCCAGUCCUACAGAGGAGCCAAAAUCACAAAUCCAAACUCGGAGCCUCACAAUUUUCCAUGAACAAAGUGAUCUCAAGAAGUGUGACAAAACAGACCUUGAGGAUGAACCAUUAAGCUUAAUCAAAGCUAACUCUGAGGAAACACAGUUUAUGUCCGAUAGUGUUUAUCUUGAAAAGACAGUAAAAUUUGUUGAUACAGUUCAUUACGAUGAUGGAAAGCUUAGCCCACAGAGAGAGACUGUGUUUGUGAAGGAGCUGAUGAAGACAUUCCAGACUGGGCAAGAUUCUUCAGAAACUAAAGCAGAGCUUCUUGAACCGGAAUCAGUGGCUUCUUCUAGUAGUUCAACAUUGAUAUCUGAAUCUGCAGAGAUACAGACACCGGAGCGAAGUCCUACACAGGAACCAGAAUCACAAAUCCAAACUCAGAGCCUCACAAUUUUCCAUCAACAGAGUGAUGUCAACAUAUAUGUCAAGACAGACUUAGAUCAACCAGUUAGUUUAAUCAGCGAUAACUCUGAGGAAUCACACUUGAUUUCAGAUGGUGAUCACUUUGGAGUGCGAACUGAUACAAUUCAAUUUGAUGAUGGAAGUGUUAGCCCUCAGAAUGAGGAGCAAGCAUUCUCAGGGAACGGCCUAUACACGAUGCAAUUAAAGGAACCACUCAUAAGCACUGGUAGGAGUUUAUCUGAAGACAUACAGAUAAGCCCUGAUCGCAGACCUUCUGAGGACUUCAGUGCUGACAUCAAGGCUGAGUUGGAAGAAAGUCCUGAGUACCAGCUGUUCAAGCAGACAUCAACAGCUGCAGACGUGAGCUAUCAGUUGGAGCCACCUGAGAGGGAGACCCUCGGUGAUGAUUCUGAUAUGAAUCUAGCAUCCUUUUCGAGUCCCCGUAUACAAAGCUAUUUUGGGAAAGGUUUUUCUCUUAUGGAGAAUCAAAUGAGAGAUGAUGAUCUAAGUCCUGAGAGUUCCAAGCAUGAAGGCUUGACUGAUUCCUCAGACACUAGUGUUGCUAUUAGGACCCCUCAUUCCAGCUCAGGAGACAGCGAGAAUUAUGAAGGACUCACAUUGACCCGUCAAAUGACCAAUGAAACGCUUACUUACUCUGCUAAAAGAGGCGAAAAGUACACCAUACCUUCACAGGAGGAGAAAAUUCAUGAGUCAUGGAAGGACAAUACAACAAUUACUCAUGGAGGCAAAACAUCUUUAACACAAACUGACACUGAAGUACUAGAUGUCAAAAAUGAGGAGUCACAACUUAAAGAAGUACACACUGAGAAGAAAACAUCCAGACAGGAAUCCAAGACAGUAAAAGAUAUGUCAGGGAUGUUAUCCUUAUUGAGCAGUGACUUGGAUCAGUAUGUUCAAGAUAGGCCUGUUGUAAGCCAGCCACCAGAAGAGGAUAUUGUGCAGGAGAAAUUUGAACAAGUCAUUUUAAUAAAAGACAAAGAUAAAGAAACUCUCACAGUUGUCACUCAUGAAAAUAAAGGAGCAAUAAUGGAUGGAACAACAAAACCAAUAGAUCAUGUAACAAUGGCAGAACAUUCAAUUACAAGGGGAGCUGAAGAAUUGAAGGACGAACACAAAGCAUCUAACCAAGUAAAAGAUUCAUCAGAGAUGUUUUCAGUCAUAAACAGUGACUUGGAUGAGUAUCAAGAGCCUAGGCCUGUGGCUGAUCGACCAAUAGAAGAGGAUAAUGUGCAGGAGAAAUUUGAAAUUUUACCAUCUUUCACUGAUGAAAAUAAAGGAGUGACACUGGAUAACACAGCAGAAGAAACAGAUUGUGCUGGAUUCAAACAUACAGUCACAAGGGGAGGUGAAGAAGUGGUGUGUGAACUUAAAGUAACCCACUCAAAUUUGACUGAAGAACUACCAAUGAAGGAGGAAUGGGUAGAGAAAAAGACUUCAUACCAACGAUCUACAAAAGUAAAGGAGAUGUCAGGCAUGAUGUCACUGCUGAAUAGUGACUUGGACCAGUAUCUAAAGGACAGGCCAGUAAAAACUAGGUCUCCAGAGGAGGAUGUUAUCCAGGAGAAAUUUGAUGAAGUGGUGUGUGAACUUAAAGAAACCCACUCAAAUUUGACUGAAGAACUACCAAUGAAGGAGGAAUGGGUAGAGAAAAAGACUUCAUACCAACGAUCUACAAAAGUAAAGGAGAUGUCAGGCAUGAUGUCACUGCUGAAUAGUGACUUGGACCAGUAUCUAAAGGACAGGCCAGUAAAAACUAGGUCUCCAGAGGAGGAUGUUAUCCAGGAGAAAUUUGAUGAAGUUAUUCUCACUAAAGUACGAAAAUCCUCUAGUGAGGAGCAAACGAUAACAGUAUGUGAAAAAACACAAAUAGUAGCUGGUAUUAAUGUGGAGGAUGAGAUAGGUGGAGAGACCUAUGAACAGAUGCAGACUGAUGUGGUUGAGGUCCAAGAACUGACACCGAGUUCUGUAUUGGAGACACCAUUCCAAGAAGUCUGUAUCCAGAAAAGGACACACCAACAGUGUUCAACUGAGAAGGAUAUGUCAGGCAUGUUGUCACUUCUCAGUAGCAACUUAGAUCAAUAUCUCAAGGAAAGGCCAGUGACAAUACAAUGUCACCCUGAAGAGGACCUAGUCCAUGAGAGCUACAAACAAGUUAUACUAACAACAAAAAUCUCUCCUGAACAUAACAUGAUGUCACCAGAAGAUACAAAUGUAGACAUUGUGGACAUAAAUGAAAAGGAGGUUUUGGAAAGUGAGUGGCAGGCAUGUUACCAUGAAGAUGAAGGCCCAAAGAGUUUCUUAUCUGAGGAGGGUGAGGCUAAACUCUCACGUCUCUCAAGUGCAGGGUCACAUUUUAAUGACUCUACUGAAGGGAUGGUGGACCUUACAAAGUCAUAUGCAAUAAGUGAAGACUGGAACAAUGACCAUAAAGAUGUGAGUGUAGUUCCUGCUCAUUCAGUUCUCGAAACAUACACAUUUUCACAACUACCAAGUAGUUUUAACACACCACGACGUCCGACUGAUUUGGAGAACCUAAACACUGUGGUUUUUGAUGACCCAGCUAAAGAACCAUGUCAUCAGGAUUCACUGGAGGCCAGUCCUCUCAUGGAGGAUAGAUCUUCAAAAAAAUCCCCUGAUUCAAUUGAACCAAGCCCUAUCGGAGAAUCCCCAUGUCCAGACUCUCUUGAGGGAAGUCCCACUAAAUCGAAGGACUCAGAACCUCAGAUGCCGACCAAGACAGCUGUGUAUGAAGACUAUGCAUCCCAGCUCAAAGCGUGUUUUGCUUAUGACAAAGAUGUUUACAGGGAUGAAAGUGAGCAACAUGAGCAAGAAAACACUGGUGAGAAUAUCCAAAGAGAAAGUGAAAUUGAAGAAGACAAAUAUUCCAACUCAGCAAUGGCAGUAACUGAUGGCAACAUGUCCUCCGACCCCAAAAUUUGUGAUAGUGAGAAUCUUCACAUGCUCAUAAGGCAAGACUCUCUCGACACAGAUGAAAGUGGGGAUGAUAUAAUUCAUAAACAAUUCACCCCAGAAGAGGAGAUGUUUAAAAUGGCUGCAAAGAUCAAAACAUUUGAGGUGAUGGAACAGGAGGCUAAAAUGAAGAGAGAUGCAUCUUUAGAGACAGGUGAUCACAAAGACGACGAGCUCAAUCUAACAUUUGGCCCAGUUACACACUCUUCCUCACAGGAUACACUAGACGAAAUCUCUGAACAAUGUGUGACACAAGACACUCACACACUUAUUGAGACAACAGAUAUUACCUUGAGCAUUACAGAGCAGGUAGAAAUUCAGUCACAACUAAAAACUACUGGAUCAACUGAUAGUUCAUUGUGUUUAACUGCAACUCAGAGAGAGGAGCCUGAUCCAGGAAGUGAGGAGCCUGUGCCACUGUUAGCAGAAAGAGAAGUUCAAAUACACAAAGAUGAAGAUGCCAUAGAGGGUGACCAAGCCUCACUCAGUGACACACAUUUUUCAGCCGGGGUGACAGAUGAGCACCAUCCAGAGGAAGACGAAGUGAAGUUACCACCGAGAGAUGAUUCAGAUUUUGUCAGCAGACCUCCGACUAUGGUGUGUGCUAAAGAACUAGAAUAUGUUUUCCCAGGUUGUGAGGGUGACGAUGUAGCCUUCGAUGCACAGGUUGAGGCUGAGAAACAGAUUAAUCUUUUUCCUGCAGAGGACAUACAAACACCUCAUAAAACACCUGUUCGAAUUCCAGGUGACGAGACAAGCCCUGAUCCGUUUCAGUUUCAAGAGGGGAAGCUGUUUGAAAUGACCAGAGGGGGAGCUAUUGACAUGACAAGAAGAAGCUUUGAUGAAGAAGAGGAAGGAUAUGCACUUCCUCACAUGGGGGAACAUCCAGUGGAUGAAGUUGUGCCAGAGGAGACUGGGGAAGGUCAGUCAGUCAGAAUAUCUGUAACUUUAGAUAAUAGUGAUUCUAUUACUGACACAACCCUGCAAGAGAUCCCAAAAUCAUCCCUGACUCAGGGCGCCAGUGAUGAAAUUCCUACACCUAAACCCAGAACUCUCAUGACACCCUCAAGUAAAAAGUCAGAGAGUGAAAAGCCACUUUCUGAAACUGAUCUUGGCAGCUCCAUAGAGGUUCACCUUGGUUCCCCCAAUGCUUUGGAGAGACUAACCAAUGUUCAAGGUGAGGUUGGAACCCUUGAAAGCCUUGGUCUGGGCUAUCUAGACUCUACCAUAGCUGACCUUCAAUCAGACACAUCCACAGUUGGCCAUGCAGUGUACUCAGAGCAGAGCCACGAUUCCCCAGACUCCUCUAAUGAUGAUGAUGAUGAUGAGGAGGAAGAUGAAGAAGACCAGUGCUCAGUCAUAGAGAUGUGUCUUCCAGCUGCACAGGGUGGCAUCCCAGCAUAUCAUCAGGAUUCACCCCCACCUUUGGCAAUCAAACCAAGCGGCACAAUAAAAAAGACUUGCCAUUUCAAAUCUGAAAUAAUCUUGAAAGACUCACCGACAUUCGAGCUUGAUCACGUUCAAAGAAAAGCAGAAAAAAGCUCAGCCUUGGAUCGUAGGACUAGAUCUGAGGCCGAUAGUGACACAAGUAAAGCCUCUAAAAAAGACAGAAGGAGUUACUCUGACAGUAGUCAAUCCACUCAUAAAUCCAAAUUCGCCCCCUCCAAACUUCCUGUCAUGAUGCAGCAGAAACCUCUAGCUCACAGCAUCUCUUCCUCCUCUCCCCAAAAGAAAGAAAUCCACAUUUCCAAGACUACAGAAACGUCUGUUAGGUCUUCUUUGGAUACUGAUGAUAUAAGCAGUGCUAGUCACAGGAGUCCAGAUUCUGUUAUUUUCAAAUAUGAGAUCCCAGCAUCGCACAGUUCCGACUCUGAUGGCAAUCCGUUGCCAGGUGUGCAACCAUCUUCUAGGAAAGAGGAUGUAUUUGAAACAAGGCCUACCUGGGAUGACAUGGUGGAAACUCAGAUGCAGAGAAUCACCGAUGACCAUACUCCAAAAUGUACGUCAGUGGAUUGGCAGGAUGAUGCUGACAGGAAAGAGGAGACAUUGGCUAUCAUUGCAGAUCUUCUUGGCUUCAGCUGGACUGAGCUGGCAAGAGAACUGGAAUUCAGUGAGGAUGAUAUCCAAUUAUUGAGAACAGAGAAUCCUAAUUCCCUCCAAGAGCAGAGCCAUGCAUUGCUGCAGCGCUGGGUUGAGCGGGAAGGUAAACACGCCACAGAGGAUUGUCUGAUUAAGAGACUAACCAAAAUCAACCGCAUGGACAUCGUCCAUCUCAUUGAAACCCAGAUGAACAAGUCAGUUCAAGAGCAAACAUCUAGAACCUAUGCAGAGAUAGAGAAGACACUGGAUCAUAGUGAAGUGUCAGUAGCCCUAUCUUCAGUGCAAGAGGAUGCAGACAGCCCCAGAGUCGUGAGAAAGGUGGAGUCAGAUCGCAGACCACCCCCAGCUGUUUCUGAGGAGGACCUCUCAGUUGCUUCCCUACUGGAUAUUCCUUCCUGGGCAGAGCCUGUUGGACAUACCCACUCAGAAAGCAUGCAUGGUGACCUAUUGGAGGAGCUCGAGAUCCCACAUGAAUUGAACCCUAACCUGUGGACCUCUGAGGAUAUAAUUACACCUGAACCUACAUGUUACGACAACUCAGAUGAGCAAGCUGAUGAAAUGCCUAAUCUCCCCACUCAGUCAGUGACGGAAGAAAAGUACAAGGAUGAAAAUGGACACAUUGUCGUCAAAAGGGUUACCCGUAAAAUUAUUCGCAAGUGUGUUUCCGCUGAUGGUGUGGAGCGCGAAGAGGUGUCAUUAGAAGGAGCUCCCCAGGGGUCCGUCAGUAUGGCAGAGGGAGAUGGAUACUCCAAGGUUGUGAAGCGGACUGUAGUGAAAAGUGAGGGAGACCAUACAGAGGUAACAUUUACUGAAUCUGAGGGUUUCUCAGCAUCAAGGCAGGAGACAGGUGAGGGCUGUCAGGUCAGUCGCGUAGAGAGGACAACAGUGGUGGAGGGAGAAAGGACAAUGACACACCACGGUGAUCCAUCUUUGGCCUCUGACCUCCCCUCUGCCCAAGACGACUUCAAACAGGCACUAGGUUAUAUAAGUGGUUUUAGAAGAGCAGAGCUCCCUCAUGUGGUAGAGAGAGAGACUGUCAGAGAAGAUGGAACUGUGGUCAGGAGGGCUCACAUGCAUAAAGGUCGCACCCUCAGACGAACAGUGGCCAAGGGAGCUGGGAAGCGCAAACAGGUUCUUCUAGAGCGAGUGGACAGUCCCAGAAAAGGGUCAAAACCACAUGAUCUCCAGCAGCAUCUCCACCAGCUCUUUCACCGUUUCUACGAAGAAGACAAGGAGGACAAUGAUGAUGAUGAAGAGGAGGAGGAGGAAGAGUAGACGAAUGUGUAACACUCCCCCCUACCCUGACUCCCUGGCUCUGUCCAUGCUAAAGUCCCCCCUAAUCCUAUGCAUUAGCCAACUUGCAAUCCUAGUGUGCACCACAGCACCUCAAAGCUACCACAGUCUUCCCAUUUAAGUCGUGGUGGAUGACAUAUUGUUCACAAUUUGGAGUUUUCUUCCCUGGCUGGUGUAAUGUAUUCAUGAUUUUCUUUUCAUGUUCUGAUGUUGUUUUGCCUUUUUUGUGACCAAAGAAAGCCUUCUGUUGUUUUCCUGAUUCAUUUUACUUUCCAUGUCAGAAUUGUCUGUGAUAUUUAUGUCCUGAUUCUGUGGUAGAGCAAAGAAAAAAAAACAUAAAACAAAGAAAACAGUGGGAAACUAUUCACAUCAACUCUCACAAACCUCUUGAUGGUAAAGAACACUUUACCUACAAAAUACUGGCUCUACUCUCUGAGUAGGUGCUUGGACUGAAAGACAAUAUAUCACACUGCACUGCCUCUCACAACCAGAGUUUCUCAGAUAUUGCUAACUGAAAAACUGUCUUACUCACUGUACUAGCCUAUCCGCUCUUUUGAGUCAGGUGGUCAAGAUGUCACGCAGAGAAAACAAGACUGUAUCAACACUGACUUUAACUGCUGCUGCUGUGUUUUGUGUAGGCUAUGUGUACUCUGUCUUUGGGAAUUAUAUAUUAUCUAUAAUCUAGACAUUACUGAACAUCUGUAGCCUAGGAAUUAAUAAUCACCCAUGUGAAGUAGAGCAGGCAUGACUAAGCAACAUCUGUCAUUAUGAUCCUAGCUUUGACUGCUUUGUAGUUAUAUGGAUUGCCCUUCUGCCUCUCUUCUCCUUCUAUGUGUGUCUUUCUUUCUGUGUUCUUAUGUUUAAUUCUAAUUGUUAUGGGGUUUUUUUGUUUUUUUGUUUUUUGGCUUUUCCUCUUGAAUUGUUGACCUUGACUCGUAUUGUAUGGUUGGUGAAUGUGUGAGUGAGGUUGUACUGUAGCUCCUUUAUGUUUAUUUUUAAGUUUGUCCAUGCAUGUGUUGAGUAAAAUACUGCAUUGACAACUGGUUUGAGAAGGGCAUUUUGGCUGAGUUUAAAUGCUGAUGUUUGAAGAUAUGUUAUUUCAGAGUUUAUUUUUUUGAUUCUGAGUUUAGCUUACUAGAUUAUCUAGAGAAUUUAUUUAACCUUUAGUUUGGGAGCCAAUGAGAAGCUUCUUUUUAUUUGAAAGUAACAAAAAUUUGUCAUUGGUGAAUAAGAUCGAGAAAGCUGUUUUAGAGACACUUGUUAUACUUGAUAUUACAUAUGUGAUAAGGUGAUCAAGUGUUUAUGCUUUAUUUAGUUUUAGACUUUAUUAGUUUAUUUUUUGAAUGAGAAACUGUUGGACCAGACUCUGACAGUUUUGUGGUGGGUGUUUGUGAGUGAAUGAAAAAAGUUUAUUUUACACACACUACAUUUGCACUCCUGAAUGUCAGGAGGGAACACCUCCUUGCUUUUUGUGCACAGGAUAUGAUGUAAAGUAUAUCUUAGCCACAGGGAUAGUCUCAGACAUAUGAUAAAUACAAGAUAAUGAUACACCAGAGACACAUGUAAUGAGGCAGGUUGAGAGCUUAGAUAUAUCAUUAUUCACAGCUCUGAGUAUCGCUACUGUAUGUAUCUACAACAUGUAAUGUAUUUAUUUCACUAUCACUGUUUACUUCGUGGAUUUAGAAAAAUGUAAAAUGCAAACUAGUGGAAGUUCACUGUGACAGAUAUGCUUUUAAUUUGAAGAAUCAGCAUCCCUUUUCUUUGAUGAUGACAGUUAUAUACAUAUACAAUGCAUAUAUAAAUAUCUAUAAGGGCAUGUAUUACUGUAUCAAAAUUCAAAAAGACAAAAACAAAACGGCUGCAGUGUCUAUGGCUGAUAGAGAAUAAAAGUCUACAAAUGUA